AUGCCUGCAUUAGGAUUCGACACCUUAGCCACGGCUUCUCGGCCAUCUUCCAUAGUCAUGAGGAAACGUUUUGUUGUACGUGCAUCGAGAAACUUCUCAACAGAAAUGCGUCACGCCGCGCCGACUGACUCGACUGCCACACUUGCCAUCAUAUGA